AUGCGUCAGCGCACAACGUUCUUCCAUCGGCCAGAGAGCCCCGUGGACCCUGCGCUACUGCGUGUAGUGGACGCAACGCUGACGGGGCCGACAAUCGAGGCGGCGCGCGAGGACCGCGUGACACUCGGCCUCGACGAACUGCCGGCCGCGCUGGCCCGUCUGCUUGCAGACAACGUGCAUGCGUUGCACGUGCGUUGGGCUGCACGAACUGCCGGCGUCGAGCUUCAAUCCUUCAACUACUUGGGUGACGACCGGCAGACGUACCAGUUCUACUCGGAUGUGGCCGACUGUACCGCGUUCGCCGCGUAUGUCAAGGCCGACUGGUGCCCGUCGACCGCUGACGAUGGAGGCCUCUGCAGUCUACAAGCGGAGCAGCUUGACGGUGCCAGCGCGCUAGACCUAUCGUACGACACAUCUUCGCGCACGCUCAAAAUCACGACACAGUGGCCGCUUGCCAUGUGGCCAUUGUAUGUAGCGGCACAGCCGGGCACCACCCGGACAGAAGUCGGCAUCAUGGGCGCUGACAUGCCAUCUACUCUCGGCCCUCACGAGCUUGGCAUGGCCGGGCAAGUGGCUGUCCUCGGCCAGGACGACCGCCCGAAGUCGGUCAUGUUUGCGUUUCCCUCGCGGCACCGCACGGCAGCCGGCGGUGCGUCGUAUUCUGCCACGUUUACGCAGCCCACGGGUCUGCACCCGACCUUGCAACUCCGCGUGGCCCCCGGCCCGCCGCCCCACCACCACAAUCCCGACGACGGCAAGUUUGGCUCUUGCAAGCUUCACACGUACCUGACGCUCCCGCGCUACAUAUUUGCGGACCGGUACCAGCUGGGCGAUGUCCUCUUUUUGGCAUCAAAGAACCUGACGGCCUUGCACCACAUGACGCAGCCCGUCGACCUCGAGGCGCCCGACUAUGCCGUCCCUGUCUGGGGCUCGGCGGCCUUGAUCGAGCUGGCGCCGCCGGUCGGCCUGACCGAGGAGCAGCAGCGGUCCUCGGAAUGGACGGCCGAGAUCCCGCUGCACCUGCGCUACCUCCUCCCCGCCGACGGCGGCUACCGGUCGGUCGAGGUCCCGUACCCCCUGGUGUUCUGGGCGUGCGAGGCGGACAAGGACGUCCAAUUCACGACCAACCCGUUCGACCGUGUCCAUGUCGGGUACGACGGACUCUUUGACGAGACGACGGAGUUUUGGCACCUGAAACCGGACCCGAGUCUGGGUGCAGCGUCUUCAGCGUCCUCUACGGACGCCCUGACCAUCCCGAUCCGUGUUCCCGUCUUGGACUCGAGCAAGGCACAAUGGGUCAACGUCGGCACGUCGGCAGCAAUCCUCCUCGGCUUCUCUUGGGUGCUCUGGAAGCUGUUGUCUGUUUACCUCCGGACAGGCUACGGCCGGACGGCACACGCAAAAGAGGCCGAGACGAAGAAAACACAGUAG